UUUAAAAAAAUAGCAACAAAAAAAAUCCACUAAUCGGUGACUGAAUCUUUUUAAAGAUACUCAUAAAUUAGCCAGAUAUGCCAGACCUUAGCAAAAUUUUCCCAUCAAGGGCUCAGAUCGCAUCCAAAUAUUUACAGCAACAGCAAAAGAGCAGCACUCGCCUCACUGGAAUAGAUUUACUUGUGCUCCUGGAAUGAUACUGAUGAAUGAAGACCGAAUUUAUCUCAUUAAAGCCGUGAUAUUUUUAACUUAAAUAAAUGCCGUCUCUAGUUCAAUUGAUUGAACUUUAGUGGUUAGUGAGCGAUUUCUUGCCAUCUGUAUGGUUUUACAUGCAUACGUGUAUAGCUUUACAUAUAUAGGCGUGCGUUGGCGUCUGUGCGCGCAUACGUAUGCAUGGAGAUACAUAUUGAGCCUUGAAAGUGAAUGAGAAGUUACUGAUUGCCUAAUUUUAUUCAGCAGAACUAAAUUCUGGUAACUUUUGAAUGACCUCUGCGAGACAAAGGCAGAACAGAUCUAUUGUACAACAUAUUACCCUCUUCUUGGAUGGCUUCGCUUUCUCUCGCCUCCUUAUCGGUUUCCUCCCUUUUAACCCCGCUUCAGCUCCUCACUCCGAAUAUUUCUUUCGGUGUUUUACUUAAAGCGAGGUAACAAACCCCGGUGGCGGCCGCAGAUGGGAAAUCUGACGGCACAGCACAGUCAACCGGGGCGGAGGGCCGCCAGCUCAGACAAAAGGCUGGCCCUACCUGCGGGCCAGGAGGAGCACCGCUUCCCCAGGGGUGCCCCGCACCUCGGCACCUGCUCGGGGGGUGCGACCCGCCGGGGAGGGGGGUCACUCGGUUACGGGGAUAUUCUGGGGUGAAAUCGGUGGAAACACUGAGCUGCGGCGAAAUCCGGUGAUGGGCUCCCGGCUCCCCAUUGGCCGGGCCGGUCACAUGCCCGCCUAACUUUAUUCAGUUGACAGCAAGUAGGAGGGCUCUAUGGCAGGGGGAAAAAAGACAACACGAGAAAAAUUAGUAUUUUCUACCUUCAGAAAUUAAUGGCCAUGAGUUCGUACAUGGUGAACUCCAAGUAUGUGGAUCCUAAAUUUCCUCCUUGCGAGGAAUAUUUGCAGAACAACUACCUAGGCGAGCAAGGGGCCGAGUACUACAGUGCCUCGCAGGGCUCUGAUUUCCAGCACCAGGGACUCUACCCACGGUCAAACUACAGCGAGCAGCCCUUUAGCUGUAGCAAUGCCCAAGGCUCUGCCGUGCAGCCGCGGGGUCACGGACAGGAGCAAUCCGGCCCGGCGAGCCACUUCCCCGGCCAAGCAGAGCAUUGUCCACCGCCUCCAAUGCCCAACUCGCGAGCCUGCAGCCAGCAGCCGGCCCUCAAACCCCCCCACGGGUCGGCACUUAAGCAGCCAGCAGUAGUUUACCCCUGGAUGAAGAAAGUCCAUGUUAACUCGGUGAAUCCCAAUUACAACGGAGGGGAACCUAAACGCUCUCGCACAGCUUACACCAGACAGCAAGUCCUAGAACUGGAAAAAGAAUUUCAUUUUAACAGGUACCUGACCAGGCGCCGCCGUAUCGAGAUAGCCCACACUUUGUGUCUCUCUGAGCGCCAGAUCAAGAUCUGGUUUCAGAACAGAAGAAUGAAGUGGAAAAAAGAUCACAAACUGCCCAACACGAAGGGCAGGUCUUCUUCCUCUGGUUCAAACUCCCAUUUACAGACUGGUUCCAAGGACCAUCAGACUGACUUGACAACUUUGUAGAAGAGGUGAAAUUUUCCAUUUCAUCCUUCGCUUCUGACCAGUACUGUACAUAACUGACACUGUCCAAGCAGAACCUGCAUAUAGCAGCUAAGGACUCGAGAAACUGUCAUCUUUCUUUAAGGUACUGUUGUACAAAGGAGACAAAAUGACGCUACUUUGGACUUUAUUUUAUUUGCCUCUGCUAGCACAACCUAAAAAAAAAA